AUGGCCGCAAGCAACAUGGUGAACCCCUCGGUCAACCCCGACGUCGAGGACGAGCUCUUCCAGAAGGAGGUCGCCCAGGUCAAGGCCUGGUGGAGCGACUCCCGCUGGCGACACACCAAGCGGCCCUUCACGGCCGAGCAGAUCGUCUCCAAGCGCGGAUACCUGCCCGUCAACUACCCCAGCAACGCCCAGGCCAAGAAGCUGUGGAACAUUCUCGAGAACCGCUUCGAGACUCGCGAUGCUAGCUACACAUACGGCUGCUUAGAACCCACCAUGGUCACCCAAAUGGCCAAGUACCUCGAUACCGUCUACGUCUCUGGCUGGCAAUCAUCAUCGACCGCCUCGGCAUCAGAUGAGCCCGGUCCUGAUCUGGCUGAUUACCCCUACACCACCGUCCCCAACAAGGUCGGCCACCUCUUCAUGGCCCAGCUCUUCCACGACCGCAAGCAGCGCCAGGAGCGCCUCAGCGUGCCCAAGGCCCAGCGCGCCGGCCUCGCCAACGUCGACUACCUGCGGCCCAUUGUCGCCGACGCCGACACCGGCCACGGCGGCCUCACCGCCGUCAUGAAGCUCACCAAGCUCUUCGUCGAGAAGGGCGCCGCCGGUAUUCACAUUGAGGACCAGGCCCCCGGUACCAAGAAGUGCGGCCACAUGGCCGGCAAGGUGCUCGUCCCCAUCAGCGAGCACAUCAACCGCCUGGUUGCCAUCCGCGCCCAGGCUGAUAUCAUGGGCUCCGAUCUCCUCGCCAUCGCUCGUACCGACGCCGAAGCCGCCACCCUCAUCACCACCACCAUCGACCCCCGCGACCACGCCUUCAUCAUCGGCAGCACCAACGCUUCCCUCCAGCCCCUCAACGACCUCAUGAUCGCCGCCGAGCGCGAGGGCAAGGUCGGCGCCGAGCUGCAGCGCAUCGAGGACGAGUGGCUCGUCGCCGCCAGCCUGAAGCGCUACGACGAGGCCGUCGCUGCCGCCAUCGACGCCGGCUCCUACUCCAACAAGGACGGCCUCAAGGCCGAGUACAAGGCUGCCGCCAAGGGCCUCAGCAACAACGAGGCCCGCGCGCUCUCCCGCAAGCUGCUCGGCAAGGACAUCUUCUUCGACUGGGACGCGCCGCGGACUCGCGAGGGCUACUUCCGCCUCAAGGGCGGCUGUGACUGCGCCGUCAACCGCGCCAUUGCCUAUGCGCCGUACGCCGAUGCCAUCUGGAUGGAGAGCAAGCUGCCCGACUACGCGCAGGCCCAGGAGUUUGCCGACGGAGUCCACGCCGUGUGGCCCGAGAAGAAGCUCGCCUACAACCUCUCGCCCUCGUUCAACUGGAAGACGGCCAUGCCCCGCGACGAGCAGGAGACGUACAUCCGCCGCCUGGCCAAGCUCGGCUACUGCUGGCAGUUCAUCACGCUGGCCGGCCUGCACACAACGGCGCUCAUCAGCGACCAGUUCGCCCGCGCCUACAGCACCAUCGGCAUGCGCGCGUACGGCGAGCUCGUCCAGGAGCCCGAGAUGGAGGAGAAGGUCGACGUCGUCAAGCACCAGAAGUGGAGCGGCGCCACCUACGUCGACGAGCUGCAGAAGAUGGUCACCGGCGGCAUCAGCUCCACGGCCGCCAUGGGCGCGGGCGUCACCGAGGACCAGUUCCACUAG